ACCGGGCAGUAUUGUAUUCCCAAGCCAAAGAAAGAAAUGCAAAAGUCAGCAUUUCACUAUCAACGGGAAUGGGUCAACUAUUAAUGAUUUAUGAUAAACUAUAAGUUUUCCUUCAUUAGAAAAUUGAUUAAUUUUUAUUCGGUGGAGAAAGCAACCUGGAGCUACUUAUUUUAGCAUAUUCAUCCUCAUUGGUAGUGUUGGACGAAUCAGACGGGAGUGAUGUGAAACAUGUGACAGUGUAACACUCAGCAUGGUGUCAGGUUAUGGACAAUGAUGAUUUUCAAUAAAUAACACUUGUCCAUCAUUAUGUACAACUAGUGCCUUCAAUGUUAUUUGAUUACUGAACAAAAUUUCUGAGACUUGAGACCAAAAACCAUGGUUGAGGAGAAGCCUUGCAGAACAUGUACGGAUUUUAGAACUUGGGCUAAAUCACAGAAAAAAACCUAUGAGGCAGAAAAGCAAGAUAAAAAUGAUCGACAGGGAACAACAGACAAUUCAGCGAUAACAGCUGCAGAGCGUAAUCAGCAGAAUUGUCCCCUUGACAAAGAUGAGCUGGGCACAGCAACGUGGUCAUUCCUACAUACCAUGGCAGCCUACUUUCCGGAAAAACCCACCCGAGAACAAAGCAAUGAUAUGAGAACAUUUUUCGAUGUAUUCUCAAAAUUUUACCCCUGCAGCACGUGUGCAGAGGAUUUGAGAAAACAAUUAGAGAUAAGACCACCUGAUACCAGCUCUCAGAUGGGCUUGAGUCAGUGGCUCUGUAGAAUUCACAACGAAGUCAACAAAAAACUUGGUAAACCAAUUUUUGAUUGCAAACUCGUCGACCAAAGGUGGAAAGAUGGUUGGCAAGAUGGUUCAUGUGAUUGAAAUUCAUUGAAUCAUCUGGAAUGUAGCUGGAAAAGCGAGCCAUUUGACUAAUUGUAUUAUUUCUUGACAUCAAAAUUAUUCCCAUUGUAAAUAGAAUUCAUUCGAAGAAAAAAUAAAGCAACUUCCGCAACAAAUUCCUUCUUUGUGUAAACAGCUAUUCUACAGAAAACAUAAAGGAAGUGAAGUCUGCAUCAAGCACUGAUCAAAAUAUUUACACAUUACUAUGUCAUUUUUAAAAAUAAAUCGUUCUCUGAGUCGACACAUUGACUCCCCCAAAAAAAAUCAUAAAAUAUCGAUAGUCAAAAGUCCAUGGGGACUUCGAUUAGAAACUAUUAUAGGUGGAAAUUCAAGAAAAAAAAAUUGUGUAUAUUCUCCAAUUAUAUUUAUAGCAGUCUGAACAUGGAGUCCGAAGAAUUUUUUUUUAGUUACAUUUGGCGGUGUUUAAUAUUGAAGAGAAUUUGUAAUCGCCCCGAGGCCUAGUGAACGAUGUAAGACGGUGAUAGAUGUACGUUGAAUAAUACCUUCUGCAUCAAUUGUGGAAUGGAUCUAUUCUCCACUUAUCAUCGUGAAAUAAAGACCACGGGGAGGGACUGUGUACUACUAUUGCAAUUAUUCAUACUGUAGUAACUCGGUCAAGGAUAAUUAAAGAUAACGAAGUUUUUUCCUGAUGAGGGCUCGAAGUCUUAGAUUAAAAUCUAUAAUUAUUUGAUAUUUUACUCAUUGGCGCAAGACCGACGAACUCGUGACUCAUUUCAUUUACGACAGUCCAUACCACCAUACAUUUAUAUUUUUUGCAAUGCUUUGGUUAGACUGUGCCUAUAAAAAUUCUUGACAAGAAUUUUCUAUUUCUUUCUAGAGGUUUUUGAUAUUCAGAGAAAUUUCUGUUGUGUACCAUCGUAAGUCCAAGCAUACGCUAUUUUUUCUUAUUAUUUGUUUUUGAGCAUAUAAUGUAAACAAGCAGGAGCGAAUACUGUGAAAGCAUAUACAACAAAUAUUUAUCCAUUACGAAUUAAUUCAAAGUAUAAUCUAGAAGAACAUAUUCGUGCAAUAUCAAAAUCUGUAGGCACUCUAUGUUUUCAUGUAUCGCUCGAUAUUAACUUAUCAUUAAUAUUUAAUUUAAUCUAGUGAUUUUUACUUCUGCACUAAAUAUCACUUUGUGCAUUCAUUCAUACCAAUUAGUAAUAAUUUGAAAAAUAUAUUCACGAUAAACGUUGCUUAUUGCUGCUAAAACUCCCAGGAAGUGUAUGAUGCUGUCCAGGGAGUGAUUACAGUCCAGGGGGGAAAUUGGCUGAGAAAACUUCUGAAUCUCUUGGAUUUUUGAUUUUCACCAUGCAAAAAAUGUCCUGCCAGGGCAAUCGUCAGAAGUGAAUCAUUGUGGAUUUCUGGCACUUUGAGUUUUAUCGAGAAAUUGUAAGGAAUGCAGUUCAUAGUACAAGCGUAAUAAAUAAAGUAAACGUCCCUGUUGUUCCACGAGGGGCAGGGUAAAGGGUCUCCAUGUACUAUUGUCCAUUGCUUUAAUUUCACCCCUUCGUAAGGUGAUAAUAUUAUUCCUAUGUGAUCGGGACCUAAAAAAUUCAUUAACCAGUGAUAAAUGUGUUGAGUGGAGAGCCGUAAAACGUGAACACAGAUUGAGUUUUAAUUUAUAUUUACCUGUGAUAUUGAAUGUAAAUGUCACGUAAUCCUUGUUAACUAUUUUAGAUAUUAAUUCUAGUUUUGUAGGAAUUUUUAUAAGUGGCGCAGGUCCAGGUAUCCAACUUGUUUUCC